AUGGACGUUCUCAUACAGCGCCUCCUUGACAGCAAGGACGGCUUAGGGGGCGACGCCUCCGACUCUGGUGUGAGUGUGACCACGUUCUUUUACCGUGUGUUUGAUAUAUCGGCCGCUCAGGGUCGUGGUGUCAACAAAGGAAAGUCACGGGUCGUCGGCGAUGACUCGGACAGUUUCAUGGAGAGGUCGGCCAUACCAACGCGAAGAGAUAAUCGCUACAGGAUAGACAAUUUCUUGGGAGACGUCGAGGCGAAUACCACGGGACAACCAAAUUCUGGGAGAAGACGCUUCAAAAUAGACAUUUCUGGAGAUUUAAGCCGGUUUCUUGGACGCCUCAGGAGGGGCAGGACCUAUAACGACGAAGACCGUCUAGUCGACCAGCGUCAAGAAGGCGGCCUCCGUGGUCGUUUCACGAAUGUAACGAACGCGUUCGACUAUAUACGGAGUCGCGCGUCACGUAGCAGGGGCGACGACGAUCCUUCCGGACAAGAAGACUCUGGAGCCCAUGGAUCAUAUAUGAUGCGUGCCCUGAACAGCGCUUCACGCGUCUCAGCCACCGUUUACGCAGCAUAUGGCGCUCCGAGAGUGGCGGCUCGGGGUGGCGAGCCAGGAAGACGGCCUGGAGGAGACACUGUGCCCUUAGACACGGAUGUAGACUCGGACUCGUUGAGCUCAGAAGAGAGUCUUCGCCACCCAAUUGUGGAAGCGCUUUGUUACUACAACUGCGCUCCGCUUUUUGGUCGUCGGGACGAUGACGCUCGUCAUGCCCAAAGGCGGGCAGAGCCGACUUCCCCAGCUGAGGGAGCGAACGCGGCUGCAACGUCAGGAGGAACGGUGUCGCCUCCCGUUCGUACGCAAGCGGGCUCAACGGAGCAGACGGGAUCGACCUCCACGCCUCGUCAUACAUAUCCGCCUUCCGCGUGAGCCACAAGUGAAGACCUAUGUCAUUUUU